UAUUAGAGCUCAGGCCGCCGGAGAAAACAAAGACUCCCCCGUCGACGUUCAUGUUUCCAGCGGCCAAGGCGGCAGAGACCAGCGCGCUGCCGUCGAACGUCGCCCCGGCCACUCUCCGCCGACAUAUCUCCUUUCGAGCGUCGCCGAUGUGGUCGAUGCGGAGAAUGCUGGACACAAUGGACAGGCUGUUCGGCGACGUGAUGGCGUACCCCGGCGCGGUGGCGGCGGGGGACGUGCGAUUGCCGUGGGACAUGAGCGAGGACGAGAAUGAGGUGAGGAUGAGAUUCGACAUGCCUGGAUUGUCAACGGAGGACGUGAAGUUGAGCGUGGAGGAUGACGGGCUGGUGAUCAAGGGAGAGAGGACGUUGGACGGUGAGUGGUCGAGCGGGAGUAGCUACAGCUCCUACGGCACGCGGCUGAGGCUGCCGGAAAACUGCGAGAAGGAGAAGGUGAAGGUGGAGAUGAAGAACAGAGAUCUCUGCAUCUCUGUGCCGAAGACGAAAGUGGAGAGGAAAAACGUCGAUGUGGAGAUUCAUGGUUGAACAAAUUCAUGGUGUUUUCGAAUAAAUUGGUGUAAAUAAAAAAUUAUUGCUCUUUAAUAAAUUGGUGUAAAUUACGCAUAACUCGAAGGUCUCCUUAUUUAGUGAUAUUGAAUUUAAUUUUUC